CAUACAUUCGAGAACAACCCAAAGCAAUCACUAGCCAUGGGGUGGAUAACUCGAAUCACCUUCGUACUUUUCUUCGUCUGCACGCAGAUUUACUCUGCUGUAGGAGCUUCAGCUGACGUAUGGGGAAAUCCUCAACAGGCAGAAGAUCUCCUUCAAGCUUUUACUCAACAACUCCAAGUAUCUGGGGCAUUUUCAUAUGACCAAAUGGACGACAUAUCAUCCAUCAGCGAUACCAUUAUGGACGCCAUAGAAAGGAGUUCUCAUUCGAAUAAAAACUCCAAAUCGAAGCUACAAGCGCUGAACAUGGCUUUCGCCUCCUCAGUAGCGGAAAUAGCUGCGUCUGGAGAGGGAGGUCAAGCCCUAUCGGUCAAAACUGGAGCAAUAACCGAUGCAUUGGCAAGUGCAUUUUUGCAGACCACAGGCGCGGUAGAUCAAGUAUUCUUAAAUGAAAUGAAUGAGUUGAUAAGCAUGUUUACUCAAGCAAGCGCAAACGAAGUCUCGAGUUCUAGUGCUGCCGCAUCUGCUUCUGCUGCUGCAGCAGGCUUUGGCUCAGGAGGACAAAGACAAGGUUCCGGAGCAGCUUCUGCCGCUGCUGCUGCCGCUGCCGGAGGUAAUCAAGGAAGAGGUGGAUACGCACCUGGUGCUGCUGCUGCUGAAGCAGGAGCUGGAGCUGGUUCAGGAGGAUAUGGACAAGAUAACGGAGCUGCCGCUGCCGCUGCUGCUGCUGCUGCCGCCGCUGCUGCUGGACGAGGAGGUUACGGAGGCCGCGGUGGAGCCGGAUCUGGUGCUGCUAGUGCUGCUGCUGCUGCUGCUGGAGCAGGAGCUGGAGACGGUUCAGGCGGAUAUGGACAAGAUAACGGAGCUGCCGCUGCCGCAGCUACUGCUGCUGCCGCCGCUGCUGCUGGACGAGGAGGUUACGGAGCCCGCGGUGGAGCCGGAUCUGGUGCUGCUAGUGCAGCUGCUGCUCGAACAGGAGCUGGAGACUGGUUCAGAGGAUAUGGAGAAGAUAACGUAGCUGCCGCUGCCCGCUGCUGCUGCUGCUGCCGGCCGCUGCUGCUGCAGGACGAGAGUUUACGGGCCGCGGUGGAGCCGGAUCUGGUGCUGCUAAGUGCUGCUGCUGUUGGAGCAGGAGCUGGAGACGGCCUGGCCGCUGCUGCUGGGACGAGGAGGUUACGGAGCCGCGGUGGAGCCGGAUCUGGUGCUGCUAGUGCUGCUGCUACUGCUGCUGGAGCAGGAGCUGGGGACGGUUCAGGAGGAUAUGGACAAAAUGCCGGAGCUGCUGCUGCCGCUGCUGCUGCUGCCGCCGCUGCUGCUGGACGAGGAGGUUACGGAGGCCGCGGUGGAGCCGGAUCUGGUGCUGCUAGUGCUGCUGCUGCAGCAGCAGGAGCUGGAGACGGUUCAGGAGGAUAUGGACAAAAUGCCGGAGCUGCUGCUGCCGCCGCUGCUGCUGCUGCCGCCGCUGCUGCUGGACGAGGAAGUUACGGAGGCCGCGGUGGAGCCGGAUCUGGUGCUGCUAGUGCUGCUGCUGCUGCUGCUGCUGGAGCAGGAGCUGGAGACGGUUCAGGAGGAUAUGGACAAGAUAACGGAGCUGCCGCUGCUGCUGCAGCUGCCGCCGCUGCUGCUGGACGAGCAGGAUACGGAGGCCGCGGUGGAGCCGGAUCUGGUGCUGCUAGUGCUGCUGCUGCUGCUGCUGGAGGAGCAGGAUUGGGAGACUGGUUCAGAGGAUAUGGACAAGAUAACGGAGCUGCCGCUGCAGCUGCUGCGGCUGCUGCAGCCGCUGCUGCUGGACGAGGAGGUUACGGAGUUCGUGGUGGAGCGGGAUCUGGUGCUGCUAGUGCUGCUGCUGCACAGCAGGAGCUGGAGACGGUUCAGGAGAUAUUGGACAAAAUGCCGGAGCUGCUGCUGCCGCUGCUGCUGCUGCUGGCCGCCGCCGCUGCUGGACGGGAGGUUAUGGAGGCAGAGGUGGAUACGGAGCUGGUGCUGCUGGUGCUGCCGCUGCUGCUGGAGCAGGUGCUGGUUUCAGGAGGAUAUGGUGGAGACUCAGAUGCUGCCGCAGCCGCUGCUGCUGCUGCUGCCGCCGCUGCUGCUGGACGAGGUGGUUAUGGAGGAGCUGGAGACGGUUCAGGAGGACAAGGAGAAGAUAGCGGAGCUGCUGCUACUGCCGCCGCUGAUGCUGCUGCAGCUGCCGCCGCAGCUGCUGGACGAGGAGGUUACGGAGGCCGCGGUGGAGCCGGAUCUGGUGCUGCUAGUGCUGCUGCUGCUGCUACUGGAGCAGGAGCUGGAGACGGUUCAGGAGGAUAUGGACAAAGUGACGGAGCUGCUGCUGCCGCUGCUGCUGCUGCUGCCGCCGCUGCUGCUGGACGGGGAGGUUAUGGAGGCAGAGGUGGAUACGGAGCUGGUGCUGCUGGCGCUGCCGCUGCUGCUGGAGCAGGAGCUGGAGACGGUUCAGGAGGAUAUGGACAAGAUAACGGAGCUGCCGCUGCCGCUGCUGCUGCUGCUGCCGCCGCUGCUGCUGGACGAGGAGGUUACGGAGGCCGCGGUGGAGCCGGAUCUGGUGCUGCUAGUGCAGCUGCUGCUGCUGCUGGAGCAGGAGCUGGAGACGGUUCAGGAGGAUAUGGACAAAAUGCCGGAGCUGCUGCUGCCGCUGCUGCUGUGCUGGUUCAGGAGGAUAUGGUGGAGACUCAGAUGCUGCCGCUGCCGCUGCUGCUGCCGCCGCCGCUGCUGCUGGACGAGGAGGUUACGGAGGCCGCGGUGGAGCCGGAUCUGGUGCUGCUAGUGCUGCUGCUGCAGCAGCUGGAGCUGGAGCUGAGACGGUUCAGGAGGAUAUGGACAAAUGCCGGAGCUGCUGCUGCCGCUGCUGCUGCUGCCGCUGCCGCCGCAGCUGCUGGACGGGGAGGUUAUGGAGGCAGAGGUGGAUACGGAGCUGGUGCUGCUGGCGCUGCCGCUGCUGCUGGAGCAGGUGCUGGUUCAGGAGGAUAUGGUGGAGACUCAGAUGCUGCCGCAGCUGCUGCUGCUGCUGCCGCCGCUGCUGCUGGACGAGGAGGAUACGGAGGCCGCGGUGGAGCCGGAUCUGGUGCUGCUAGUGCUGCUGCUGCUGCUGCUGGAGCAGGAGCUGGAGACGGUUCAGGAGGAUAUGGACAAGAUAACGGAGCUGCCGCUGCCGCUGCUGCUGCUGCUGCCGCCGCAGCUGCUGGACGAGGAGGUUACGGAGGCCGCGGUGGAGCCGGAUCUGGUGCUGCUAGUGCUGCUGCUGGAGCAGGAGCUGGAGACGGUUCAGGAGGAUAUGGACAAAAUGACGGAGCUGCUGCUGCCGCUGCUGCUGCUGCUGCCCGCGCUGCUGCUGGACGGGGAGGUUAUGGAGGCAGAGGUGGAUACGGAGCUGGUGCUGCUGGCGCUGCCGCUGCUGCUGGAGCAGGUGCUGGUUCAGGAGGAUAUGGUGGAGACUCAGAUGCUGCCGCUGCUGCUGCUGCUGCCGCCGCUGCUGCUGGACGAGGAGGAUACGGAGGCCGCGGUGGAGCCGGAUCUGGUGCUGCUAGUGCUGCUGCUGCUGCUGCUGGAGCAGGAGCUGGAGACGGUUCAGGAGGAUAUGGACAAGAGAACGGAGCUGCCGCUGCCGCUGCUGCUGCUGCUGCCGCCGCAGCUGCUGGACGAGGAGGUUAUGGAGGCAGAGGUGGAUACGGAGCUGGUGCUGCUAGUGCUGCUGCUGCUGCUGCUGGAGCAGGAGCUGGAGACGGUUCAGGAGGAUAUGGACAAAAUGCCGGAGCUGCUGCUGCUGCUGCUGCCGCAGCUGCUGGACGGGGAGGUUAUGGAGGCAGAGGUGGAUACGGAGCUGGUGCUGCUGGCGCUGCCGCUGCUGCUGGAGCAGGUGCUGGUUCAGGAGGAUAUGGUGGAGACUCAGAUGCUGCCGCUGCCGCUGCUGCUGCUGCUGCCGCCGCUGCUGCUGCUGGACGGGAGGAUACGGAGGCCGCGGUGGAGCCGGAUCUGGUGCUGCUAGUGCUGCUGCUGCUGCUGCUGGAGCAGGAGCUGGAGACGGUUCAGGAGGAUAUGGACAAGAGAACGGAGCUGCCGCUGCCGCUGCUGCUGCUGCUGCCGCCGCAGCUGCUGGACGAGGAGGUUAUGGAGGCAGAGGUGGAUACGGAGCUGGUGCUGCUAGUGCUGCUGCUGGGAGCAGGAGCUGGAGACGGUUCAGGAGGAUAUGGACAAAAUGCCGGAGCUGCUGCUGCCGCUGCUGCUGCUGCUGCCGCCGCAGCUGCUGGACGGGGAGGUUAUGGAGGCAGAGGUGGAUACGGAGCUGGUGCUGCUGGCGCUGCCGCUGCUGCUGGAGCAGGUGCUGGUUCAGGAGGAUAUGGUGGAGACUCAGAUGCUGCCGCAGCCGCUGCUGCUGCUGCUGCCGCCGCUGCUGCUGGACGAGGAGGAUACGGAGGCCGCGGUGGAGCCGGAUCUGGAGGUUACGGAGGCCGCGGUGGAGCCGGAUCUGGUGCUGCUAGUGCAGCUGCUGCUGCUGCUGCUGGAGCAGGAGCUGGAGACGGUUCAGGAGGAUAUGGACAAAAUGCCGGAGCUGCUGCUGCUGCUGCUGCUGCCGCCGCUGCUGCUGGACGGGGAGGUUAUGGAGGCAGAGGUGGAUACGGAGCUGGUGCUGCUGGCGCUGCCGCUGCUGCUGGAGCAGGUGCUGGUUCAGGAGGAUAUGGUGGAGACUCAGAUGCUGCCGCUGCCGCUGCUGCUGCUGCUGCCGCCGCUGCUGCUGGACGAGGAGGUUACGGAGGCCGGGGUGGAGCCGGAUCUGGUGCUGCUAGUGCUGCUGCUGCAGCAACGGGAGCUGGAGACGGUUCAGGAGGAUAUGGACAAAAUGCCGGAGCUGCUGCUGCCGCUGCUGCUGCUGCUGCCGCCGCAGCUGCUGGACGGGGAGGUUAUGGAGGCAGAGGUGGAUACGGAGCUGGUGCUGCUGGCGCUGCCGCUGCUGCUGGAGCAGGUGCUGGUUCAGGAGGAUAUGGUGGAGAAUCAGAUGCUGCCGCUGCCGCUGCUGCUGCUGCUGCCGCCGCUGCUGCUGGACGAGGAGGAUACGGAGGCCGCGGUGGAGCCGGAUCUGGUGCUGCUAGUGCUGCUGCUGCUGCUGCUGGAGCAGGAGCUGGAGACGGUUCAGGAGGAUAUGGACAAGAUAACGGAGCUGCCGCUGCCGCUGCUGCUGCUGCUGCUGCUGGACGAGGAGGUUACGGAGGCCGCGGUGGAGACGGAUCUGGUGCUGCUAGUGCUGCUGCUGCUGCGAGCAGGAGCUGGAGACGGUUCAGGAGAUAUGGACAAAAUGCCGGAGCUGCUGCUGCCGCUGCUGCUGCUGCUGCCGCCGCUGCUGCUGGACGGGGAGGUUAUGGAGGCAGAGGUGGAUACGGAGCUGGAGGUUACGGAGGCCGCGGUGGAGCUGGAUCUGGUGCUGCUGCAGCUGCUGCUGCUGCCGCUGCCGCUGCUGCUGGACGGGGAGGUUAUGGAGGCAGAGGUGGAUACGGAGCUGGUGCUGCUGGCGCUGCCGCUGCUGCUGGAGCAGGUGCUGGUUCAGGAGGAUAUGGAGGAUAUGGACAAGAUAACGGAGCUGCCGCUGCCGCUGCUGCUGCUGCUGCUGCCGCCGCUGCUGCUGGACGAGGAGGUUACGGAGGCCACGGUUCAGGAGGAUAUGGACAAAAUGCCGGAGCUGCUGCUGCCGCUGCUGCUGCUGCUGCCGCCGCUGCUGCUGGACGGGGAGGUUAUGGAGGCAGAGGUGGAUACGGAGCUGGUGCUGCUGGCGCUGCCGCUGCUGCUGGAGCAGGUGCUGGUUCAGGAGGAUAUGGUGGAGACUCAGAUGCUGCCGCUGCCGCUGCUGCUGCUGCUGCCGCCGCUGCUGCUGGACGAGGAGGAUACGGAGGCCGCGGUGGAGCCGGAUCUGGUGCUGCUAGUGCUGCUGCUGCUGCUGGAGCAGGAGCUGGAGACGGUUCAGGAGGAUAUGGACAAGAUAACGGAGCUGCCGCUGCCGCUGCUGCUGCUGCUGCCGCCGCUGCUGCUGGACGAGGAGGUUACGGAGGCCGCGGUGGAGCCGGAUCUGGUGCUGCUAGUGCAGCUGCUGCUGCUGCUGCUGGAGCAGGAGCUGGAGACGGUUCAGGAGGAUAUGGACAGGGAGGUUAUGGAGGCAGAGGUGGAUACGGAGCUGGUGCUGCUGGCGCUGCCGCUGCUGCUGGAGCAGGUGCUGGUUCAGGAGGAUAUGGUGGAGACUCAGAUGCUGCCGCUGCCGCUGCUGCUGCUGCUGCCGCCGCUGCUGCUGGACGAGGAGGUUACGGAGGCCGUGGUGGAGCCGGAUCUGGUGCUGCUAGUGCUGCUGCUGCAGCAGCGGGAGCUGGAGACGGUUCAGGAGGAUAUGGACAAAAUGCCGGAGCUGCUGCUGCCGCUGCUGCUGCUGCUGCCGCCGCAGCUGCUGGACGGGGAGGUUAUGGAGGCAGAGGUGGAUACGGAGCUGGUGCUGCUGGCGCUGCCGCUGCUGCUGGAGCAGGUGCUGGUUCAGGAGGAUAUGGUGGAGAAUCAGAUGCUGCCGCUGCCGCUGCUGCUGCUGCUGCCGCCGCUGCUGCUGGACGAGGAGGAUACGGAGGCCGCGGUGGAGCCGGAUCUGGUGCUGCUAGUGCUGCUGCUGCUGCUGGAGCAGGAGCUGGAGAUGUUUCAGGAGGAUAUGGACAAAAUGCCGGAGCUGCUGCUGCUGCUGCUGCUGCUGCCGCCGCUGCUGCUGGACGGGGAGGUUAUGGAGGCAGAGGUGGAUACGGAGCUGGUGCUGCUGGCGCUGCCGCUGCUGCUGGAGCAGGUGCUGGUUCAGGAGGAUAUGGUGGAGACUCAGAUGCUGCCGCUGCCGCUGCUGCUGCUGCUGCCGCCGCUGCUGCUGGACGAGGAGGAUACGGAGGCCGCGGUGGAGCCGGAUCUGGUGCUGCUAGUGCUGCUGCUGCUGCUGCUGGAGCAGGAGCUGGAGACGGUUCAGGAGGAUAUGGACAAGAUAACGGAGCUGCCGCUGCUGCUGCUGCUGCUGCCGCCGCUGCUGCUGGACGAGGAGGUUACGGAGGCCGCGGUGGAGCCGGAUCUGGUGCUGCUAGUGCAGCUGCUGCUGCUGCUGCUGGAGCAGGAGCUGGAGACGGUUAAGGAUAUGGACAAAAUGCCGGAGCUGCUGCUGCUGCUGCCGCUGCCGCCGCUGCUGCUGGACGGGGAGGUUAUGGAGGCAGAGGUGGAUACGGAGCUGGUGCUGCUGGCGCUGCUGCUGCUGCUGGAGCAGGUGCUGGUUCAGGAGGAUAUGGUGGAGACUCAGAUGCUGCCGCUGCCGCUGCUGCUGCUGCUGCCGCCGCUGCUGCUGGACGAGGAGGUUACGGAGGCCGCGGUGGAGCCGGAUCUGGUGCUGCUAGUGCUGCUGCUGCAGCAGGAGCUGGAGACGGUUCAGGAGGAUAUGGACAAAAUGCCGGAGCUGCUGCUGCCGCUGCUGCUGCUGCUGCCGCCGCUGCUGCUGGACGGGGAGGUUAUGGAGGCAGAGGUGGAUACGGAGCUGGUGCUGCUGGCCGCGGUGGAGCCGGAUCUGGUGCUGCUAGUGCUGCUGCUGCUGCUGCUGGAGCAGGAGCUGGAGACGGUUCAGGAGGAUAUGGACAAGAUAACGGAGCUGCCGCUGCCGCUGCUGCUGCUGCUGCUGCCGCUGCUGCUGGACGAGGAGGUUACGGAGGCCGCGGUGGAGACGGAUCUGGUGCAGCUAGUGCUGCUGCUGCUGCUGGAGCAGGAGCUGGAGACGUUUCAGGAAGAUAUGGACAAAAUGCCGGAGCUGCUGCUGCCGCUGCUGCUGCUGCUGCCGCCGCUGGUGCUGGACGGGGAGGUUAUGGAGGCAGAGGUGGAUACGGAGCUGGUGCUGCUGGCGCUGCCGCUGCUGCUGGAGCAGGUGCUGGUUCAGGAGGAUAUGGUGGAGACUCAGAUGCUGCCGCAGCCGCUGCUGCAGCUGCUGCCGCCGCUGCUGCUGGACGAGGAGGAUACGGAGGCCGCGGUGGAGCCGGAUCUGGUGCUGCUAGUGCUGCUGCUGCUGCUGCUGGAGCAGGAGCUGGAGACGGUUCAGGAGGAUAUGGACAAGAUAACGGAGCUGCCGCUGCCGCUGCUGCUGCUGCUGCCGCCGCUGCUGCUGGACGAGGAGGUUACGGAGGCCGCGGUGGAGCCGGAUCUGGUGCUGCUAGUGCAGCUGCUGCUGCUGCUGCUGCUGGAGCAGGAGCUGGAGACGGUUCAGGAGGAUAUGGACAAAAUGCCGGAGCUGCCGCUGCAGCUGCUGCUGCUGCUGCCGCCGCUGCUGCUGGACGGGGAGGUUAUGGAGGCAGAGGUGGAUACGGAGCUGGUGCUGCUGGCGCUGCCGCUGCUGCUGGAGCAGGUGCUGGUUCAGGAGGAUAUGGUGGAGACUCAGAUGCUGCCGCUGCUGCUGCUGCUGCCGCCGCUGCUGCUGGACAAGGAGGUUACGGAGGCCGCGGUGGAGCCGGAUCUGGUGCUGCUAGUGCUGCUGCUGCUGGUGCAGGAGCUGGAGACGGUUCAGGAGGAUAUGGACAAGAUAACAGAGCUGCCGCUGCCGCUGCUGCUGCUGCUGCCGCCGCUGCUGCUGGACGAGGAGGUUACGGAGGCCGCGGUGGAGCCGGAUCUGGUGCUGCUAGUGCUGCUGCUGCUGCUGGAGCAGGAGUUGGAGACGGUUCAGGAGGAUAUGGACAAAAUUCCGGAGCUGCUGCUGCCGCUGCUGCUGCUGCUGCCGCCGCUGCUGCUGGACGAGGAGGUUAUGGAGGCCGAGGUGGAUCCGGAUCUGGUGCUGCUAGUGCUGCUGCUGCUGCUGCUGGAGCAGGAGCUGGAGACGGUUCAGGAGGAUAUGGACAAGAUAACGGAGCUGCCGCUGCCGCUGCUGCUGCUGCUGCUGCCGCCGCUGCUGGACGAGGAGGUUACGGAGGCCGCGGUGGAGCCGGAUCUGGUGCUGCUAGUGCUGCUGCUGCAGCAGCAGGAGCUGGAGACGGUUCAGGAGGAUAUGGACAAAAUGCCGGAGCUGCUGCUGCCGCUGCUGCUGCUGCUGCCGCCGCUGCUGCUGGACGGGGAGGUUAUGGAGGCCGAGGUGGAUCCGGAUCUGGUGCUGCUAGUGCUGCUGCUGCAGCUGCUGGAGCAGGAGCUGGAGACGGUUCAGGAGGAUUUGGACAAGAUAACGGAGCUGCCGCUGCCGCUGCUGCUGCUGCUGCUGCCGCCGCUGCUGGACGAGGAGGUUACGGAGGCCGCGGUGGAGCCGGAUCUGGUGCUGCUAGUGCUGCUGCUGCAGCUGGAGCAGGAGCUGGAGACGGUUCAGGAGGAUAUGGACAAAAUGCCGGAGCUGCUGCUGCCGCCGCUGCUGCUGGACGGGGAGGUUAUGGAGGCAGAGGUGGAUACGGAGCUGGUGCUGCUGGCGCUGCCGCUGCUGCUGGAGCAGGUGCUGGUUCAGGAGGAUAUGGUGGAGACUCAGGUGCUGCCGCUGCUGCUGCUGCUGCCGCCGCUGCUGCUGGACGAGGAGGAUACGGAGGCCGCGGUGGAGCCGGAUCUGGUGCUGCUAGUGCUGCUGCUGCAGCAGCAGGAGCUGGAGACGGUUCAGGAGGAUAUGGACAAAAUGCCGGAUCUGCUGCUGCCGCUGCUGCUGCUGCUGCCGCCGCUGCUGCUGGACGGGGAGGUUAUGGAGGCCGAGGUGGAUCCGGAUCUGGUGCUGCUAGUGCUGCUGCUGCUGCUGCUGGAGCAGGAGCUGGAGACGGUUCAGGAGGAUUUGGACAAGAUAACGGAGCUGCCGCUGCCGCUGCUGCUGCUGCUGCUGCCGCCGCUGCUGGACGAGGAGGUUACGGAGGCCGUGGUGGAGCCGGAUCUGGUGCUGCUAGUGCUGCUGCUGCAGCAGCAGGAGCUGGAGACGGUUCAGGAGGAUAUGGACAAAAUGCCGGAGCUGCUGCUGCCGCUGCUGCUGCUGCUGCCGCCGCUGCUGCUGGACGGGGAGGUUAUGGAGGCAGAGGUGGAUACGGAGCUGGUGCUGCUGGCGCUGCCGCUGCUGCUGGAGCAGGUGCUGGUUCAGGAGGAUAUGGUGGAGACUCAGGUGCUGCCGCUGCUGCUGCUGCUGCCGCCGCUGCUGCUGGACGAGGAGGAUACGGAGGCCGCGGUGGAGCCGGAUCUGGUGCUGCUAGUGCUGCUGCUGCUGCUGCUGGGGCAGGAGCUGGAGACGGUUCAGGAGGAUAUGGACAAGAUAACGGAGCUGCCGCUGCCGCUGCUGCUGCUGCCGCCGCUGCUGCUGGACGAGGAGGUUACGGAGGCCGAGGUGGAGCCGGAUCUGGUGCUGCUAGUGCUGCUGCUGCUGCUGCUGGAGCAGGAGACGGUUCAGGAGGAUAUGGACAAGAUAACGGAGCUGCCGCUGCUGCUGCUGCCGCCGCUGCUGCUGGACGAGGAGGUUAUGGAAGCAGAGGGGGAUACGGAGUUGGUGCAGCUAGUGCUGCAUCUUCGUCUGCUAGUAGCUCUGUUGAUAGUUCAACUGUGUAUUCCUCUAUUUCGCGAUUGUCGUCGUCUUCUUCUUCGUCUAGAGUUUCUGCAGCAGCUUCUGCCCUGGCUUCUGGUGGUGCCUUUAAUGCUAAUUCCUUGUCUACAGUAAUUUCUGGUUUGGCUUCUCAAGUUCGGUCCACAUCGGCAGAUCUUUCCGGAUGUGAAGUCCUUGUUCAAGUUCUUUUGGAAGUGCUAUCCGCCCUUGUGCACAUUUUAAAUUCCGCAGAUAUUGGUCAGGUUGAUUUGAGCUCUAUAAGUUCUGCGUCAGAUCUUGUUUCUCGCUCAUUUUAUGCAUUAGCUUGAAAUGUAGCGUGUUAAAUUUUUGAAUUUGUUAUCUCAAUCUGUAACAUUUAUUCAAAAAUAAAUAUAUAUCUUGCAUAUGUCAAA